AUGCCUGCACUGCUUAUAGCAAUACUCCUGCUCGCCGUAUCGCUGGCAAGAGGAGCACCCAACACGACGGGAAUUGACACUGUGGACAAUUACUGUUCAAGGCUGUAUCACCAGUCAACAGUGAAGAAUAAGACUCUGUACAUCAACGGAGGAUUGGAGAUCUUCGUGGCGAAAAACAACAACGGAACGGCAGAAGGCGCUCGAGUGCUUGGAUAUAACACCGGCUUGAUCGAGGUCGACCUGACGUCUUCCUGGGACUGGAAACAGAAUAUCUCGAUCCGGGCUGUCUCGAAGAAACCGAAUCCCAGAACUGGUCCAGAUCCGCCCGUGGUUGUUCGCGGUGCACUGUAUGCGGGAGGGCCAUCGGACUCGAGCAUUUACCAAUAUGGCGGAACAGUCUCAUAUACGAACACGAGUUUUCCUGGGUUCCAAAAACCAACUUCGUCGCAGUAUGCGCUUUGGUCGUACAACACCAGCAAUGGCUCUUGGGAUCAAUUUGACGUCACACUGGGCGCCGAGUACCGGCCUGCAGGAGGAGCGUAUGGCGAGGCUCCAGACCAGGAAUUGGCAUUCUAUCUCAACGGAUACAUCAACAACGGGACAUCGAAUGACCUGGAGGACUCGGACGACCUUCUCCGCUACCUGGAUGGUUUGAUUGUCAUUGAUACCCACACGCAGAUGGCGACGAACAUAUCGACGAGCUCACUGGCAAAUUUUCCACGAGUCAAGGGUGGCAUGGUCUACAUCCCUGGGAUAGGACCCAAAGGCAUAUUGGUCGCAGUGGGCGGUGUCACCAAGCCAGCGAAUGACGGUAGCGCGUCCAAUGAGGGAACAUACGUGCCAUUCGACGAGAUCGAUAUCUUCGACAUCUCGUCCGUUUUCGAGGGCGACGAUAACGGCAUCUGGUAUGCACAGAAGGCGUCAGGGGAUAUACCGGACGGACGGACGGACUUUUGCUUGGUCGCUGUCUCUGCAAAGGAUAAUUCUAGCCACAAUAUAUACAUGUACGGAGGCAAGGGCGCAAACGAGUUAUACGACGAGAUAUACGUGCUUUCUAUCCCGUCCUUCACAUGGACGAAAAUCUCCGAGGGAAAGUUGCCACGUUACGGGCACACCUGUCACCUGGUAGCCAACCGACAGAUGUUGACAGUGGGAGGAGCGUUGUCUGACGAUCUCUCUACCUGCGACUGGGAAUACAGAGGCGUCGCCAUCUACGACAUGUCGACAUCGACAUGGGGCAGUGUAUAUGAUGCGUUUGCUGCAGAUUACGCGGUCCCUGCAAAAGUUUAUCAAGUGAUCGGUGGAGGGCCCAACGGAAACGCAACCAAGAAGACACCAUCGGAUGGGUUCAGUACACCCGAACUCGCCAGCUUCUUCUACCCGCCCGCGAACAACGACAGCGCAAGUGCCCAGCAGUCAGCGCCGACCAAGCUCAGUAAAGGUGCUAUCGCUGGCAUUGCCAUCGGCUCUGUGGCAGGCGCAGCCAUCCUCUCCGCAGCGCUACUCUACAUCCGUCAGCGGCAACAAGCAGCAGCCGAAGCCCGGCGAGCUGCCGAAGCCGAAGAGGCAGAGAAGGAGAUAUUCACGGAAACAGCCUGGAGGAACAACGGCGACCGAGUCGAGCUCGGAAGCUCGGAAGCUCGGCGAAUAGAUAGACUAGGGUGUUAG